UUAACAAUAUUUUUUCUCUUACAACAGCCGCCCAAGAAGGAUACAAAGCAGUCAUCAAAACCAAAGGACAAGCCAUCCAGCUCCGGCGGAAAGGCUAAGAAGAAGGUCAAGUUUGUUCCUUUGCGCUGUAAUUUCCAUCUUAAUUCAGUGUUGUCCUACAGCACUACCUUGUGGUCCCAGUAAUACACUUUUUUCAUUUGCAACCUGGAAACCUUAUUUUAUUUUAUUUUAUUAUGAUUGUUUUUCUUAAAACAUAUCUCAAGUAUCUUGGAUAUUAUACCUUAUUCUCACUUAAUUUUGCGAGUACUAAAUUUAGCGAGUUUUGUGAUUUGGGAAAAUUGCAAAAUUAAAUACUCAAAAUCUAAAAAUCCAUAUAAAUCCCUAAAAAUCGCAAAAAUUAAAUACUUGCGAAAUGAAAUGUGAAACAGGUAGGUUCAAAGCCUUGUGCUCAGUCAAUUUUUUUUUUGAAGCACAGCCUUGUUGUCAAGUUUUAAAGAUUGCCAUUUAUUAUAGAGUGGUUUUCGUUUGAGUGUCGUAAAACCAAAACCAAAGUAAUUACUCUGGCCAAUCACAUAGGACACAGACAAUACAUUGAACCAAUCAAAACUCGAAGUAAUUACAUAUGGCUGACGCAAAGCGCGGGAAAAUGCAUGCGAGCGCGCCACAAUUGGCUUUGGUUUUACUUCUGAUUGGAUGAAAAGGUGGCGCGAAUCUUUUAAGCCAAUUGCAUCGUGUAGAAAGUGCAAAACCAAUUACUUUUCGACACUCAAAUGAAAACCGCUCUAUCUUGGCCUUUUUUAGUGUGACUUUUAUUCAUUGGUCUGUUGGGGCUUUAAAACAAGCUUUUGUGAAUUAUUAUUUUCCCAGAAUAAUUAACUCUUAUGUAAUCUAAUUUUCUUGUAAAGAGGGUCAAAUUUUCGAUAAAAAUUAAUCCCAAGGUUGUUUAAGCCUCUUGUACAACUGAGUUGUCGUUUCUUUAUUUUCUUCAACUCAACAGAAGUGGUCCAAGGGAAAAGUCAGGGACAAGCUUAACAACUUGGUUCUCUUUGAUAAAGCCACCUAUGACAAGCUGUACAAGGAGGUUCCCAGCUAUCGACUUAUCACUCCUUCUGUAGUCUCUGAAAGGCUAAAGAUCCGAGGCUCCCUGGCCCGUCGUGGACUAGAGGAACUACUCUCCAAGGGACUCAUCAGAGAAGUUUCCAGACACCACUCCCAGUUAAUUUACACCCGUGCAACAAAGGGCAGCGAGGGACAGGAAGCUCCUCAGUGA